AUGAAUGACAAACCAAAUAUUCUAGCACCUAAACAAGAAAAUACAAAAUCUUCAUCAUUAAAUCAUUCAAAACUAGACCCAGGUAAAGAUGAGGAUAAGAACUCAGAUAUGGUAUCAUUAUUGUGA